UUGGUGCGUUCAUGGUGCUCGACUGGACCGCAGAUGUUUCACAACCCGGGGACACUCUGUCUCUGCACACUUUAUCUCAUCUUUUUCUCAACGUGUAGGCGUGCAUUAAGGCGUUAACUUAAAAAAAAAAAAGAAAGAAAAAAAAAAAAAAGAAAAGUUAUCUGAGGAAGGGAAAGGGACGAAGAAGGAAGAAAAAAAGAAAAAGAAAAGUGGGCUACCUCUUCAAACCGUCCCGGUUUUGUACCGGAGAGUUGUCGUCAUCAGCACCCCAGAUAUCCCCCCCUUUAAGCUCCCUAAAUGGAUGGGGCAGUCUCGGUCUAUGCAGUUCAGCACAGGCCAAAAGAUUGGAAACAACUUGUGCAUUUUACGCGUCACUUUUAGCGUCUAAAGAGGCUCAGAAAUGCCCGGCUGCUUCGCUGCUGCAGAUCAACUCUGAGAGGACUUUUCUCUCUCUGCAUUUGUGCUUCUCUCUUUUUUUUUUUUUUUUUUUUUUUUCUUCUUCUUCAGGAGGAGGAAGGACUCAAAAAGUUUACAAGAGAGAAAGGAAAACUCCAGCGCUGAAGUGGCAGCUCUCACACUAUAGCCCUCGCUAUGGAUUGUAUGUAUUUAUUCAUGUGCUUUUUUUCACUCAGUCAUGUCUUUUUGGAUCAUGUGUUCGCUGCAGAAACGCAUGAAAAACUCUCUGGAAAGUUAAGUGAAUAUGGUCUUAUAGUGCCAUUCAGCACAGACUCCCGAGGACGCUACAUUUCUCAUGUGGUCUCUGCUGGAAGUGGAAGUAAAGGUGCUGAUGCUGAUACUGCUGCUGCUGCUGAUGCUGGUGCCAGUGCCGCCUCAGCCUUUGGCAGCAGACGAAGGGUGGCCCGCGGUGCCCCCGAGAUGCCCCCGGUCACCCCGGCCUCGUCGCAGCACUUGUUUUUCAACGUCACUGUGUUUGGGAAGGAGCUGCACCUCCGCCUGAGGGCCAACAGGAGGCUGGUGGCCCCGGGGGCUUUCGUGGAAUGGCAGGAGGACUUUGUGGAGAAGGCCAAGGAGCGUAUCCACGGGGACUGUGUUUUCACUGGAGACGUGAGCGACAUGCCGGAGGCCUCUGUGGCUAUCAGCAACUGUGACGGACUGGCAGGUCUGAUCCGGACUGAUAAUGGGGAGUUUUUCAUCGAGCCCCUCGAGAAGGGCCAACAGGACGUGGAAGUGAAGGGGCGUGUGCACGUGGUCUACCGCAGGUCGGCCAUCAAGCGGGAGACGGGCCAGCGGAGGGAGGACCUCCACAAUGAAGUGGCAGACUUCGGGAUCGCGGACCUCCCCGCGGCUCUGGAUCUCGUCGAGCAUAAACUGUCUGAGUCGGAGCGCAAGAGGAGGCACGCGAAGAAGGACGACUACAACAUCGAGGUGCUGCUGGCUGUGGACGACUCGGUGGUUCGCUUCCACGGCAAGGAGCACGUGCAGAAUUACGUUCUCACGCUCAUGAACAUAGUUGAUGAAAUCUACCACGAUGAAUCUUUGGGAACAAACAUCAACGUUGUCCUUGUCCGCAUGAUAAUGGUCGGGUACCGACAGUCCAUAAGCCUGAUCGAGCGUGGCAACCCAUCCCGCAGCCUGGAGCAGGUGUGCCGGUGGGCCAACACGCAGCAGCGCCGGGACCCCGACCACGCCGAGUACCACGACCACGCCAUCUUCCUCACAAGGCAAGAUUUUGGUCCCGCAGGUAUGCAAGGUUACGCUCCAGUUACAGGGAUGUGCCACCCACUGAGGAGCUGCACUCUGAACCACGAGGACGGCUUCUCCUCCGCCUUUGUGGUCGCCCAUGAAACCGGCCAUGUGCUCGGCAUGGAGCACGACGGCCAGGGGAAUCGUUGUGCCGAUGAGACCAGUAUGGGCAGCAUCAUGGCGCCGCUCGUCCAGGCAGCUUUCCACCGCUACCACUGGUCACGCUGCAGCAAGCAGGAGCUCAAUCGAUACAUCCACUCCUAUGACUGCCUGCUGGAUGAUCCCUUUGAACACAAGUGGCCCAAGCUUCCUGAGCUCCCUGGAAUAAAUUAUUCAAUGGACGAGCAGUGCCGCUUUGAUUUCGGCGUCGGUUAUAAAAUGUGCACCGCUUUUCGAACCUACGACCCUUGCAAGCAACUGUGGUGCAGUCACCCCGACAACCAGUACUUCUGUAAAACCAAAAAAGGUCCUCCGGUGGAUGGGACGGAGUGCGCAAUAGGAAAGUGGUGCUUCAAGGGCCAUUGCAUCUGGCGAUCCAGCCAGGAGCCUCAGGGCCACGAUGGGAGUUGGAGCUCCUGGUCAAAGUUCAGCGGUUGCUCCAGAACGUGUGGAGGUGGAGUUCGCUCCCGGAGCAGACAGUGCAACAACCCUCCGCCUGCCUACGGUGGUCGAGAUUGCCCCGGCUCUGCUUUCGACUACCAGAUGUGCAACACGGAGGAGUGUGCUGGCCCAUACGAGGACUUCCGAGCUCAGCAGUGUGUCCAGAGGAGCAACAAAUACCACAAAAACAUCAAGCACACCUGGCUACCGUACGAGCACCCAGAUGAAGCCCGCAAGUGUGAGCUGAGCUGCAGGUCAAAGGAAACCGGAGAGGUGGUGUUCAUGAACCAGGUGAUGCACGAUGGAACCCGCUGCAGCUACUCGGAGCCCUUCAGCAUUUGCGCCCGAGGAGAGUGUCUGCAUGUAGGCUGCGACAAGGAGGUCGGCUCUUACAAAACAGAGGACAAAUGUGGAGUGUGUGAGGGGGACAACUCCCACUGUCGCACCGUGAAGCUGACACUCACCAAGACGCCCAAAAAGACAGGAAUGCUGAAAAUGUUCGACAUCCCAAUAGGAGCCCGCCACAUUGUUAUCGAGGAGAACGAGACCUCCCCUCAUAUAAUUGCUGUGAAGAAUCAAGUUACUGGAAACUUCUUACUGAAUGCAAAAAGUGAAGACGCUGAAACAAAGACCUUCAUCGAAAAUGGUUUACAGUGGGAGUAUUCCCUCGACAGUGAGAAGGAGGUCCUGAAAACAACCGGUCCUCUGCAUGAAGGCAUUGUAGUGCUGGUCAUUCCCCAGGAAGAAGACGCAAAGAUCAGCCUGACGUAUAAGUAUAUCAUACACGAGGAUCUGUUGCCGCUUAUUACCAACAACAAUGUUCUUCUCUCUGAACUGGACACCUACGAGUGGGCUCUGAAGAGCUGGUCUCAGUGCUCCAAACCCUGCGGAGGAGGCAUACAGUAUACUAAAUAUGGAUGCAGGAGGAAGAGUGACAGCCGUUUGGUGCAUCGAAACUUCUGUGAAACCAGCAAAAAGCCCAAACCCAUCCGCAAACGCUGCAAUGUGCAAGAGUGCAGCCAGCCCACGUGGGUGGUGGAGGAGUGGAGUCCCUGCAGUAAGACCUGCGGGAAGCUCGGCUACCAGACCAGGGUGGUGCAGUGCAUGCAGGCGCUCCACAACGGCACCAACAGGCCCGUCCACAGCAAACACUGCACCGAGGAUCGGCCGGACACCAGGAAGACCUGUAACCACACCAUAUGCCCUGCCCAGUGGAGGACAGGGGCAUGGUCUCAGUGUUCGGUGACCUGCGGCGAAGGGAUCCAGCAACGGCAGGUGGUUUGCAAGGCCAGCGACAACACAGUCGGAGAAUGUGAGGGCGAGAAGCCGGAAACUGUCCUCAUCUGUAAACUAAGUUCAUGUCCAGGACAGCCAGUGUCUCCUCUCACCGUUGAAACAAUGGAAAACUCCACAAUAAAAGACGAAGCUGUACACCAAAGGGCUCCUGAAAACCCGGUCCACAAACUCUCUUCAAAUGAGCCGUGUCUGGGGGAUAAAUCGAUUUUCUGUCAAAUGGAGGUUCUUGCCCGAUAUUGUUCCAUCCCUGGAUAUAAUAAGCUUUGCUGUGAGUCUUGCAACAAGAAAGAAAACCUCGGCACAUACGCUCCUGACCUCGAAAACACCCCAGUGGUCUCGUUUGAAACUGAGAACCCCGCUCCUUCUCACCCUGCGUCACCCAAGGCUCCGCCACCCGCUACGACCCAAAGCCCGCCGCAAACCACUAAAGCCAGACGGCUACGCUCCACCGCCCCGGUGCCAACCACCGCUGCCGCUGCUGAAGCCUCGCCAUCCACCGGUGCUGCUCUGCCCCAGGGUCCCACCAGCGACUCCUUCCUCACGGCCGGGAGAGGAGACUCAGACCCGGGGCCUCUUCUACCUCCGGGGCCUCCACGGCCCACAGCGGACUCCAGUGGAGGUGCCUCUAAAGAGCACAGUCCAAACAGCACUUUAGGCCCAGUCGCUGCCAGGUCAAGAAGGGACAAUUUAGGAUCCGAGAGGGACUCGAGUCACAGAACCCUGUCAGCUCAGAAAUGAACAGCGAGCGAUGUUGUGAACGUGCUGCUCGGUGAGACGGUCUCGUACAUCAGCUCACCCUUUUGCAGCAUCUGACGAAGACUCGCAGUCUUUGCUGCAGAUAUUUUCUUUCUUUUUUUUUUUUACAAAUUUUUUGUUUUCAUGCCAGUGAACUUAGACCAGACCAGCGAUGGUUACCUCAUCAAAACUCCAGAGUGAUCUGUGUGAUCGCAGCGUCGCUCUGCCCUCUGAAUGCUUCAAAUAUGAAACGGAAGAAAAAACAAAUGUUGUCAGGUGCUGUAAACUAAAACGACUACAAGACGUGUUCAAAAUGUGAUGACUGCAUUGCUACAUUCAUGUUUUUAUCUGUGUACAGUUGUGUAAUCCUGUUUUUUUUUUCAAGUGCAUUAGAACUACUAUUGAACUUGUAUUGUGAACAUGUGAGGAGAGGUCAAAGGCCAUGGUUUUGGAGGUGCACGUGUCAGCUAUGGAGGCUAUAGUGUGCCAGAAUAAUUAUAAACCCUGCCAGUGUUAAAUUAUAAUCAAUUAAUAUAUUGCUAAUUUGAACAAAACUAUUUUAACUAGUUAAAUUUUAAUGAUGCAUUGAAUAACGCAAAAUAAAUUAGCAGAUUUUAAUUUCUUAUUCUGUUUUAAGAAUUAAUAGAAUUUUAAAAUAGAAUUGCAAAAAUAUAUUUUUUAAAAGCUUAUAAAUUCGACUACAGUUUUCA